AUGUGGGCGUGCAUGGGCUACAUCACCCCUGAGUACUUCAAGUGGCCUGGCUUUUGCUCGCCGUCCAAGGGCGUCGCGUUCACGGACAUCCCCAAUGGCCUUGCAGCGCUCUCCAAGGUUCCAGGCGCGGGAUGGGUCCAGAUCUUCCUGUUCUGCGGCGUGCUCGAGAAGGGCUUGUUCGUGUACGACCCGUCGAGGGCCCCAGGCGACUACGAGAACGGUGGCGUGCUGGGCGUGCCCAACGGCAGUACUUUGCCUGCUGGGGAGCUCAAAUCCCGCAAGCUGAAUUCCGAGAUCGCUAACGGAAGGCUGGCGAUGAUGGCGAUCAUAGGCAUGUUCUAUCAGGAUGGUUUGACUGGGUCAGCAUGGGGUGACUGGGAGUUGUACACAGACUCGCCGCUUCGAUGA